UGCAAUAUUUCCGCUUUCGAUAAAUCAUUGACAAGCCUGAGCAGCAUUUAUUUAUAAUUCAACAAUAACUCGUUUAGCAUACUUGUAAAUUGAAACUUACCAGGCACUAAAACUAAAACUAAAAUCAAUCAUCGAGUGAAAAAACAUUUAACAUAAUUAUUUAAAAGUUUCGAUAUAUAAUUAUUAUAAUUUUAAUAAACCUGGAAACAAAAAGUAGUGGGGAGAGAGAGGCUGACUAAUAUUUUCCAUUGCACAUUACGUACUGUCCAGUUGCAACUGCUCCUGCUGUUAAUUUGGUGUCCAGAUAAAUAAAAAAAUCCUCGUAUAAAUAUCUACUAAUAAAUAACUGUUGACUGUGUGUCUGGUGACAAUCAAUGACUGGAAGCAAAAAUGUCACCGCUCUGAUGAAUCACUGGCCGCUGGAACUGGACUUGGUCACCAUUAUCACAACUAUAAAUCAUAAAUAACGUUUUGCUUAUUUAAUUAUCAGCAUCUUCUAGUCCAUAGGUAAGUUCAUUGACUGACCUAUUAAAAACACCCAAUAAGCUCUUGGUUUUAUCAUCAUCAUCAUUAUAAUCAGCAGACAGUAGACCAGUGAGAAAUAGCUUAAUGAUGGAGCAAGCAUUAAGCCGGGGAACAUCUUUGUCCGGUGAAAGCAAUUUAUCAACUCAGGAGCUGAGUCCAAGAAUAAUGGGAUCAUUGGAGGAAAGAUUGAUAAUCGAAAGCGACAAUUUCACUUCUAAAAACCAAACACCGCCAACGCUGAGGACUCCAGCGACAAAGAAAGCCAAGCGCGUCAGAUUUUUUCGCAACGGAGACAAAUUUUACACUGGAAUUGUUAUGGCUGUAACUCCAGAGCGUUACAGAAGUUUUGACAGCUUGACGACUGACUUAACGCGGGCUCUGUUGUCAAACGUGACUCUGCCCAAUGGAGUUCGGACUAUUUACUCGAUGGACGGCAAGAAAGUCCAGACUAUCAACGACCUGGAGGACGGCAAGUGCUACGUGGUCUCCGGACACGGCGAGCUGUUCAAGAAAGUCGAGUACUCGUCGACGAAAGUCCGCAGAGGAAGCUCGCUCUCGGGAUUGCCGCAGUCUCCAGCUGGCACGGGUAGAAUCGUCACAAUCAUUCCUUCGUGUGUCAGGGCGAGGAUCAUCACGCUGAUAAGACACGGCAGCAAGCCUCGCAAGGUCCUGAGGCUGCUGAUCAACAAGAGGAACGCUGCUAGUUUGGAGCAUGUGCUGGAGGCGAUCACUCAGACGGUCAAGCUGGAUUGUGGUGUGGUCAAACGGGUCUAUACGCUCUCGGGUAAGCUGGUGAUCUCAUUGGAGCAGUUUUUUGAACACGAGGAGGUUUUUUUGGCGUAUGGAAGCGAAAAGUCCACCCAGGAAGACUUUGAGCUGGAUAUUGAGGAGAGUAAGUGUGUGCAGAGCUUCAAGCGAGGCUCCUGUGUGUCUAAAAGACAGAGUGGACCCAUGCCGGUGAUGCCCAGGAAGACUGGCAAGAGAACGCUCACUGCUCCACAAGUCAGGACUCCCAGUCCUUCUACUUUGACACUACCACAGCCUUUUAGGAUGCACUACAAUGUGGGACAUGUUAUUGGUGAUGGGAAUUUCGCAGUUGUUCGACACUGUACUCAUAAACAAACUGGUGCUGAAUAUGCCAUGAAAAUAGUCGACAAGUCAAAAUGUCAGGGAAAAGAAACAAUGCUAGCUAGUGAAGUUGCUAUUCUACGACAAGUUUGCCAUCCAAAUAUAAUUAGUCUAAUUUCUGAACACGAAACAACUGACCAGUUAUUUUUAGUAAUGGAACUAGUAAAGGGUGGAGAUUUGUUUGACGCAAUUGCAGCAGCGACUAAAUUUUCCGAAGCCGAAGCGAGCGUAAUGAUCGGUCACUUGACAUCGGCAUUAGCAUACUUGCACUUUCAUCAGAUAGUUCACCGUGAUGUGAAGCCGGAAAAUCUGCUCGUUGAGAUGGAGGGUAGCCAUGUAAGGUGCUUAAAACUUGGUGACUUUGGUCUAGCACAAAUUGUCACCGGACCGCUUUAUACAGUAUGUGGAACACCUACAUACGUUGCGCCUGAGAUACUUGAAGAGACGGGAUAUGGAUUGAAGAUUGACGUAUGGGCCGCUGGAGUUAUUCUUUAUAUUUUACUCUGUGGGUUCCCACCAUUUGUUUCACCUGAAAAUGACCAAGAGGAACUAUUCGAGCGGAUUCUUAGCGGCCAGUAUGAAUUUACUUCGCCCUACUGGGAUCCGAUUUCUGAUUCCGCGAAACAACUGAUCUCAAACAUGCUCCAGGCUCAGCCAGAGUUAAGAUUCAGCGCUGAAGAUGUUUUAGACCAUCCUUGGCUUGUGAGCUUUCUAGGAGGCGAGCAGUCCACGUCUCGAUGUAUUGCAGCCAGUGAAUCGCCGCAGCAACACCGGAAUCAGCAGUGUCAGCCGCUGAGGGUGAACACGUCCUUCGAGCUGAACUCGAGCAAGCAGUGGAGCGACGGCAACGGGAGCAUCACCGACAUCUGCCAGUCCCCGGUCAGCAGACACCAGCUCUGGUCAGAAGACCAACCAAAGAGCAACCAGCUGUGUGAUGAAACUGACAAGUUCAACGGCAAUAGCUUUGCCAUUAAUAACGAAGAGCCCAUAUCACUGAGCGCAGAGUGCUUGCAAGAGAUAAGUGUCCUGACGAGCUCGAUGCGCGACCUUAUGCAUAAUAUUGAUGAUGACAUUUCGGGGCAAAAAACCUCCAAGAGUGUUACAUCAUCGCUUAACAGUAUUCUAGAAAACGUUAAUUGUAAUAAAAAUAACAACGGACGUUAUUUAAGUCCGGUUUAUAAUAAUUUACAUUCCACUAAUAAGAGAAAUGGUAAUUCUCUUUCAGACAUUCAUUCCAAAGCAAACACCGAUAAAAUUUCAGCAACUACAUCAUCAUCAUCAUCGACUAUUAUCAACGAUUAUCACCGACUGCUACCGGUCGCUGAUAAAAGGUGCAAUAAUUUAAGUAGCAAGAUGAGUAAAAAUAAUAUUUAUAGUGUUUCCAAUGGUGCUGCUGCUGGUAACAAACGUGAUAAUGACAAUGACAAGUACUCCUCCGUUGAAAAUUUCUCCCAGUCGACGGAUGGCCUCAGUGUCAGCUCAGACAAUAAUAUCGAGACCUCUGAUAGCUUCGUUAAUAUUCAAUUUGCUAAAUUUAACAAAACUAUCGGCGGAUCCAGCAGCCAGAGUACCCAGUCCUCAGAGAGCCUCGACAAUAUCCCCAUCAACCGCGGGACCAAGCUAAACCACACUGUCAUUGGGAAGAAAGUUACCGAAGACAUCAGUCGCCAGGUCUUGAAGAGAAAUCCAAAGUACAAUUUACGCUCGACGGCUAAUCGCAACUCAAAAUUGAUCGAACAUGCUUCUUCCUCGGUGAAUUCGAAGAUUAAAAAUUCCCUGAUCCCGCUGAGAGCCAAUGACCAGUUGGUCGUUGAUAAUAAACCAGACACCUCGGUUAAGUCUUUGGGAAACGACCAAGUUAAGCUGAGAGAAAAAAAGGCUCCAGUUGUAAAACGCGAUAGCAAUAAAAAACGCUUCAGUUGUUUCUCGAAUUACUCUGGGAAGAAAUCUCAAGAUGGUGAGGAUAAAUUAAACAGCGCUAGAAAGUGCAGCUCUACUGAUGAGCUGAGAGAAAACAAGCAAGUAGUUUCCAAAAUUAAUGUUAAGGCUAAUAGGUAUAGUUUGUAUUACACGCCACAGCUGCCGAGAAAAUCUUAUGAGUUGGAUAAUUGCGGAAAAUCUGCGGGAAAGUCUUGUAAAAAUUCAGUCACGCCUGGUGGAGCAUCCAGACCAACUAGUUGGAAAAUACCAGAGUCUAGGACAGAUGAGACCAGUGAUAAGAGAAAUAAUCGGAAGUCACUUGUUGAUACUUAUAGUUAUUCUAAUGUUAAGCGGGGUAAUAAAACUGCUAGACAGUCGGUGGUUAAUUUACCCUCGAGUAAUGAUGGGAAAAUAAAGUAAUUUAAUUUAUUUAUAUUUAUCGAGUAAUUUAUUAUACAAGCUAGUAUUCAUCUCGUCGACUGCCACUUUUGUAAAGUGAAUUUAUAAUUAGUAGUUUGUAAAAUCUUAAUGAUAUUGAUGAUGAUGAAGGUUUAUUAAAUGAUUUUAACGUAAA